GGUUUUAAGCAGCUUGAUUUAGACGAAGAUUUGGUAACUGGAAGGUAAUAAUUUGUUAUAUGCUUUUACAUUGAUUUUUAGUGAUCGAUAGUCGUUUAUAGGCUUCAGUAUUUCAUAUCGCCAGUUUACUAGAGACUUCUUCCAUGAGUUUGACUGAUCCCAAUUAGUAUGUUUUUGAGUGAUAUUGAACAAUUCGAACCUAAAAGUACAAGGUUUGUACCUCAGAAGGAAGCAACGAAUUUCAAAUUUAUAAUCGCCAGAUCUUUGUUAUAGAAGGUAAUCCGGAGGUCGCUUACAUUCUUUAUCGAUAUCCGUUCAGCGAUCAAAACCAUGAUUCCUAGCAAAGUGAAGUGUAAAGUAAAAACUGCUCUAAGAAUUUGUGACAUAAAAUUGAAGAUGCGCUUUAUUCCAUCACUGGAAAGUAAACAUUUAAUUUGGAAAUGAAUGUUAUUGUAAGUAAUUAGUUCAAGUAUAAUCUUACAUAUGCGGAAGUCCAAUGGCAACAAUUCCUUGUGUGGCCAACCGCCCGUACAGUGAACUCCAUUAUAUUCCUUUGUUUGUCUGUUUCAGUACCUUGGGCUGUCUUGGGUUUUGUUUUCGCUUAUUCUAUAACGAAAUCUACAUAGUUUGUAAGAAUAUUGGGGACUUCACAUUAAUGGUUACACUGUCUCUAACACAUUGAGUAUCAGGGUUCAAAAUUACGACCAGCUGGUUGCCAAUGCAACCGAAAAUUGACUGUUGGCAACCAGAAUUUAGUAAUAGUCACUAUUAGGUGGCAAACUUGAAGUCUUGAGAAUGUUUUUUGAGUAAAUCAGGGCUUAAGAAAUUAGUGGUCAAUCAUUUCUUUUGUUUCACUCUUGUACACUUGUCAGUACACUAUCCAAAGGAUAAGUCGCUAUCCAGCAGACAAGUGUUGGCAAAAUGUACUGUGAUAGAGAUUUAUCCUUUAGGUACCGUUUUUGGUUUUUUUUUUCCUUUCACUGUGAGACAAAAAUUUUACAAAUCAGUAUUAUUGCCAACCCAGAAUAUGAUCUCAUUAGCCCAGUAUCAGGCAGUCACAGGUUCACUCCUAUGCAAGUGUGAACUCUCCUUUUGGGCUUCCUAUGUAGUUUACAUUGAAUAUUUUAAUCACCACUCAUCCACAGUUAAAUUAUAAUUUACUUCACUUUUUUUAUCAAAACUCUAGAAUCACAGACUCUCCAAUAAGAUAUUUUAUUACCAAUUAUGAUGGACCAAACCGAUUGUUUCUUACAAUGUUUAAUUUUCAAUGCCAGGUCCAGUCGGUCGGAUAAAAAAUUUGAUACAACUGUUGGUCACAUAGAAGACAUAAUCAUGGGUAAGUUCAGUUGGAUAAGAGGUGGAUAUGUGUGGAUAUUUGGAUACAUUGGAUACAGCACUAAUUUCUUAUAGGUUUUUUUUUCUUUUGCAGAAGAAAAAUUUCAGUCAAUGCAGCAUGACUUCAAAGAAAAUUAUUACCAACACUUUACAGAUGAAGAAGAGAACAAGCUUAUAUAUAUGGAUAUAUUCAAGGAAUAUGUGAGUAUUAUAGCCAAGGUCUUGACCCUCAGCUAAAGGAAAGCUAUUUGCAUUAAGUCAUAACUGAGGUGACAUAAUAAAUAGAGAGACUUUUGUCUUAAUUAAAUACUAUUUUGAUGUUGCAUAUAACUUGCCUUUUCAUUCUGGCAGAGGGAUCACAUUAUCUCUUUUAGAAAUAUGGUGCUUCAUCUCUGUUUUUGAUCUGGUUUUGUUUUGAGUUUUGUUCUAUUCCAGAAACACACCCUCCCCUUUUCUUCCCCUCCAUAAAAAUAAAAUGGUUUGUCUUAUGGUAUUUUUCUCAUUGUACACAUUACCAUAAUUAUUAUUAUAUAAUUUUUUUCAUUUUUGUUUUCUUGUUUGUACUUAAGGUUGCUCUUGUGGAAAAUUACAUUGAAGAGGAGCUUAAAAAAAGAAUAUCGGGUUUCUCCAUGGAAGAAUUUUCAAAGUCUUUAGAGUAAGUCACCAGACUGAGAAUGAUUUGAGUGCACACCCACAAUCUUCAUUGACUGGAAGAAAGAUUUAUUUUAAUAAGAAGACACAAGCAGACAUACUCCUAAAAAAAGAAAUGCAGUCAUGCUGCUUUUUGCCAUUAGCAAGUGAGAACAUAAAGAGGACCCUUUCAUCUCACAAGCUCUUGAAGUACGAUUUGCUUUCUUUUUGAUCCACUUGCAGAAGCCGUCAUGAUCAAAUCGGAGGAGAUAUUUUAGAGAUGCUGAUGAGCUUUACAGACUUCAUGACCUUCAAAGAAAUGUUUUUGGAAUAUAGAUCUGUGAGUGUUUUGUAUGUCUCGUUUUUUACCAUUCCAUCUCUUCAUGUCAUUCUGAUAGUAAAGGGGCACUUUUUGCAGAAGAACUCCUUCAAAUAAUUUCGCACAUGGGAAAGAUUGAUCAAGGAAAAAAGCAAGUAGUGUAUGAAUUAACCUAAGAUAUCUGAUGUAAGUGCUUAACCUGUUAACUCUAAUGUGUGACCAAGACAUAACUUCUCUUAAUAAUGUCAGUACUGGAGACAAAUAAUGAGAGUAAAGAAAGAAAGAUAGUAAUUAGGUUGUUAUUAGUUAACCCAAGAGCAAAUUCUCCAAACCAGUAUCAUGAGAAUUAUAUUGCAGACAAUUAUUGAUGAGAUCUUGAGAGUGAAUUGGAUAAAAUGUGAAUGUCAACUAAAUUUUCAUAAUUAUGUAAUACUGGAGAUGAUGAUUUAGACAAUAGCAAUGAUGAUUAUUGUUAUAAAUAUUAUUUUUACUAUUAUUAAAUUAUUAUUAUUACUAUAAUUAUAUCAUGAUAUUAUUGUUAUCAAAGCAGUUUCUUUAUUAUUAAUAUAUUUGUAAAACUAAGCCUGGUUUCCUGUCUAGGAAAAAGAAGGAACAGGAAUGGACUUUAGUGAUUUGUUAACCAUCACAUCAAGUGGUACAUCACCAGCAGAUGAACAUCAAGGAAUGCAGGUUGAUCCUGAGUCACCAAGAGAAGGACCCUCUUCAAGCAGAUAGUCUUUACAGAAAAGUCCUUAGCUUUAAAAGAUUUUGGGUUUUGUUGAUUCCUUUGGAACUUUACAUGUCUGGAACAAAACAAGACCAACCCUUGUAGAUAUGAAAAAAAUUCUUGAGAGUACUGAGAGUUUCUUCUUGCACUGCGAUCAACUCCUGUUUUCUCACAAUCACAUUAAGUCUAAAUAAGCAGGGAGAUUUUUGAGUGAUAGACAGCUGACCAUUAAGUGUACAUGGAUAAUAUUUAUUAGACAAUUGGCUCUGAGAGUAGGAGACAUGGAGCAUAUCCUGUGUUCUUUUAAGCUGCCUUUGAGGGCAAGUUUUUCUGCUUGGGAUUGCCCACUUUGAUCUCACAUCAGAAAAAUAUAAGAUUUACAUGGUUUACAUACCAAAAUGUGCAAGUUCAAGGCAACUUAUUGUGUCAUUGGAAAAAAGUUUUCUGCCAGUUUAGCAGUCAAGAGAGUCCAAGUGUAUUUCUCAAGACAGUCAAACAAACAAAACUACUACAGAUUAAAGACUUCUGGUUUUGUGAAUUCAUUUGGCAAAUUUUCAGUUUAGUUUAUGAAUGCCAUCUGAUUAUUCCUUUAUUUACCAAGCUUAUUUGGUUAAGAUAGCUUGAUAAUUACACAAUUCUUGGUCAGUAUCCAGCUACAUAUACCUCAGUAAAUAAAUCAUGAUCAUAACCUCACGAUUUGUCACACAUGACUUUUGUGGGGAUUUGAUAAGAAAAACAAUAACCUGAGCUCAAAAGUAGUAGAAAUAGUGAGAAAUAUUUUAUCCCUCUCGAUUUAUUUUAACAUCACUCGUUUUCUCUUGCACAUUAAAUAUGGCCUAAAUUUUUGUUCAACAACUUUCUGUUGGAGCUGUUUGGCAAUGGAACAUAAAAGAAAUUUUAGGUAUUCAUUUCAUUAACGAGUUUGAAAACGUCAUCUAACGCCGCAGAUACAACAAUCUGCGCUAAAUUGGGAAGACUUGAAACGCUGUUAACUUCACAAGUUUCUUUGUUUUUUUUUGUUUGUUUGUUUUUGUUGUUAUCAGCUUUUACAACUCUUGAAACAAAUUUGUUUCGAGAAAUUUCUAGAAAAUGUACCAAGUAACUGCUACAAGGAAAGAAAAGUCUUAAGUGUGUUGGAGAUAGAGAGAGGCAAAG